UUUCGAAGGGUCUGUCAUUCUUUACCGGUAAAGAAAUGGCAGAAGCAUUUGAGGAAACGGCAGAAACAUUUGAGGAAACGGCAGAAACAUUUGAGGAAACGGCAGAAAAAUUGUGUCGCUGUCUACCAAUUCGUGUAACAUCACAAGACGUGGAAAGGUAUCCCAAGACAGCGAAAUUACUCAAAAGGAUUGCCAACGAUUAUAUCACUCGGGAUGGCGUGAUUAGAAGCACACAAGAUGAAGUAGACAGGGCAAAAGAUAGACUUAAGGAAGCUAAAUUCUUCUACUUCCAACAGAAAGUUUUGUUCACUGAGUUACAAGAGCUUUUGUUAGAUGUGGAGCAGAGCAAAGUCAGCUCAGAGCCCGUUCAUCUCAAAGGCAAUCUAGACCUCUACAGCAUGCUACAGCAAUCUGUCACAGUGGCCACUGCUGCUUGUCAUAUUGCAUCUCCACCAACUGAGCAUGCAGGCAGUAGACAGGCUUCAAUUCUUGGGAUCAAAGCUGAACAUUUAAGACAAAUAGAUCCUCGACAAGGAGCUCUACAACAACAUCUACAAGCAACACAGCAGAGCAUAAUUCCAGAGUUGGAAUCAAGAUUGAAAAGCAAGUGUGAAGAGCUAGUCGAAUAUCACGAUGUAUCGAAACAAUCAUCUCACAGUGGAAAGAACAAGGCAUUAGCUUUUGCAAAAGCGGCUCAGUUACCAGCUGUAAUAGAAGCUGAGCUGAAACAAUUACAGGAACAAGAGGAAAUUCGGAAACUGAAGCAGCAAUCUGAAGAAAAAUUUUGGGAAUAUUAUAAUAUGCUUUGUAAGUCUCUGGAUAUGUCAGUUGAAUUAUUGAGAGAUCGUAAACUGAAGAGGGAACGUGAAAAAGACAAACUGACAGGUGAUUGGUUGGCAGCUCGAUGUGAUGCAUUGUGUCUAAAACUAGCAGUGAUCAAAGAGCAAGUAUUGAAGGAAACCUAUUCUCCUCAGGCUGUGGCAGCUCUAAGGAAAAUAAAACAUGAGCUUGACGAAUCUCUUCAUCAUUGCCACACAGAACGUCAGCAUCUACAACAAUCACUGCAAGCUUAUCGUUUAGUUGGCGGCGAUUUUCCAUCUCUUGUUGAUGAAUACAGUCGUCUACAAGAAGUCAUAAAAAACAAGCAAUGGGCAUUGCAAGAGCUUAGUCAAGUUGGUGAUAGCAAAUCUUUAUAAAGACAGAAGGCUUCCAUAAGUAUAAUACAAACAAUGUGUGUGUGGAAUGUUUCUGCAAGGAUACAUGCUGUGUGUUUUUUUCUGUUUCGUGUGCUAACAGUGUUGAUGGGACGCUUUGGGAAAGAGAAGGUUGAUGUUUUGGUUGUGUUGAAUGUUGUCUGGUUGAUUGAUAUCAUAGCCUUGAGUUUGUAGCUGCAUAAAUGUUCUAUAUUGAUUGCAUAUUAAUUAAACUUAAAUGGUACAGCAGUA